GUCUGUGUUAGAUCUAGGCACACCCAGGCAGCGCACAUACAGUAGUGACGCGACAGAGCUGCUCUCAGCGCUUUUGUGUUGCACUGAUCUGAAUGACAGCUCUAUCAUAGGAGCAACAGCUCACAAUGACCCCUGAAGGACUUACCUUAUUUUGGGGAUUGUUCACUCUCCUUAUGGUGCUCGUGACUGAAGGAAGAUCUGGGGAAUGUGGGUGUCCAGCAGCCACCAUUUUGACUGAAUUUCCAUCAAAUAUACCUAAGGACACCUGCUGCUUAAACAACUCGGGAUCCACAUUCAACCAGGUGCCUUGGGUGGCUUUUUCAUUUCAGACACACCUGCAAGUUUUGGAUCUUACUAACUGUAAUAUCAGUCACAUUGAUCACAGUGAAGUUGGAGAGACUUUCUUAAGAGAGCUAUAUCUUAGCCAGAACAAAUUGUCAUCUCUUCCAGCUGACUUCCUCACCAAAGCCUAUAGUCUAGAAGUGCUGGACCUGGGAAUUAAUUAUCUGACACAUCUACCCGACCAAUUUCUGCAGAACUCCGACAACCUGCGGGUGCUGAUCCUUGGACGGAACCAGCUGAGCUCUCUCCCGGGCUCGCUCUUUAAGCCGUCUCUACAACAUGUGGAGCUCUUUGAAAAUCCCUGGGCUUGCACAUGCACACUGUGGGAAGGGCUUCAGGGUGAUCAACAUGAAAACUCUAGCAGCUUUCAGGAUCUAGUUGUUAAUCUGACCUGUGCCUCUCCUCAAAAGCUUGCAGGACGGGCGGUAUGGUCUUUGCAGAGAAGUGACAUGUGCCAAUUGGCCAACCUGACGGCUCUCUUCAUUCUUCUUCCUCUUCUCCUUCUCCUCAGUUUGGUGCUCUGCUGGUGCUGUGGCAGGAAGAAGAAAAGGAAAGAGACCCUGUCUUUCAGUCCAGCUCGCAAAAGGUCCAGCAGCUCACAGUGCAAUGGAUGGUGGCCACAUGCCAAACUGCCCACUGGGGAGUCACCAGCAUCUGUAGACAGUGGAAAGGAGGUCAUACUGAGGAACCAGAUGAUGCUUCAGCCCUCGUCCACCCUGCUAGACAGCACUCAGGACAUCUAUGAGGAGGUGGAGAUCAAACUGGGCUCUGUGGACUCGCUGGCCCGUCCAUCGUCCACUUGCUCCACUAAAGGGACUGCAGGCAAGCAGGACCUGGAUGCAGUGAGUGUGAGCGAGGUGAUGAAGGACUCAGCUGAUCGGGAGAAAGCAUACCUGACACAGUCCACUGAAUAUUACAGCUUAGUACCGGGGAUGGAAAUUGAGGAUUCAGACCAUGCUGAGUAUGAGAGUGUGGACCUCUCAUGACAUUAAAGGAAUGCCCUCAUUUUAUAUAUGGGAGAUCGAGUACAUUGGAUUUUUUUUGUUGUCUAUAUUGUUCAAUUUUGUUAAACAACAAUGUGGUUAAACUUGUCUUUGGAUGCAAAAAGUACAGCAGCUGUUGUAAAGGAAGUGACUGCACCAAUGCAAAACCAUUCCUUUUGCGUACAACAUGAAUGAAUUACUGCACUGAUAAUUUGCCAAAUGGAGCUGUUUGCAGACUCGGUCUGUUGUCAAGAUAAGCUAUCAUAUAGCUGUCACCUGGAUAGUUUCGUUAUAUUGAGAUUUUUAUACUGUAUGUCCUGCAAAAAAAGUUUUGCGAAUGUUUUAUUAUCAUAAUAUUACUUUGUGUUUCGCAUUCAGUUAUAGUGCAUAUGUAUAUGUUGUUGCAUAAAAUAUAAUUAUAAAGCAGAACAAUAUUUAUAUUUAUCAUAUAUUUGCAUUCAUGGAUAAACUCUAGAGCAAGAGGACAUUAAACACAACCACAGCCCAGCCCAGUCCUUAUCAUAAGUAAGCAAAUUUGUCAUGAUAACUAAAAUUGAACUAAGUACUUUGCUACAAUUUACUGUUUUGAGAUGUGACUUGCUCACAUUUCUUUCACAAAGAGAAAUAUGGAAGGUUACUAGUUAUGUACCUAAAUGUAAAUGAGUAUAAAACAAUGACCAUAAGAUCUGGUUAGUACGGAUGUUGGCAACAGCCGCAUUUGGUACUGCAGUGCCUUCCGAAACUGCAUAUAUGUUUGGUCUACAAUGUGUAAUAAUUAUUUAGAUUUUGUAAACUAAUUUUCUAUUAGCAUGUAAACAUGUUGAAUAAACUGUUAUAAUCAAAUUAAGUUGCUCUCAGUCUCAGAUAAGAUGAAGUCAAUUUAACAAACAAACUUUUACAUAAGCAGCUUUUAAAGGAAAGGGUGAAUAUAUCAAAAAAGGUCAAGUAGUCUUAUUUUAGCUGACAGAACUUAUCACUAAACAACACUCAACCUUUACCUAUUAAAUAAUCUUUAUCAUAGUCACUGUAUCAUGGCUGCUGCUGCAGCUGCACUGAAAAAAAAGUGGUCACCUGCAAUUCUCUAUCUGUUACUUGAUUACUUGAUGUAACUCAUAAGACAGACCAGUGGUUGCUCAGUGGUUAAGGCUUUGGGUUACUGACUGAAAGGUUGGGGGUUCAAGCCCCAGCACUGCCAAGAUACCGCUUGAGCAAGGCCCUUGAUCCUAUCUGCUCCAGGGGUGCUGUUUCAUGGCUUUUUGUUUACGGUAAUUCUAUAAAUGAAAUGGUAGAACAACAAAUCUAGGCCAAUAUCUAAAAAGGACUUCUUUAUCUUUUCACUUUUUUGUGAACUAAAGGAUACUUGGAAUUAUGGGUGUGUGGAGUUCCACUGGAAAAUAAUUUAUGUAUGAAAUUCAUUUGAGUAUUAAUAGGUAAUCCUGAAAUUGUGAAAGGAUGUUUAAUUCUUGGCUUCAAAAAUGUAUUGGACAAAUAUUCAUGUUUUAAAGGCUUAUGUUCAGUUCUUUUAGUCUUAAUUGCAAAAUCUGCACUCUAAUGCAAACACAUAUACAAUAAAUGUAUAUGUAUAUGCAAUACAAUAAACUCUUUAA